UUCGUUAUUCAACCGCAUUCGGGUGAAGUGUGCUGCUUAAAUUUACGCUCGCGACUUUAAAUGCAUAUAUAUAUAUGUAUGUAUAUGUGUGCAUAGCAUAUCUGUGAGUGUGUGUGUCUUUCAUAUACUAUUUUACAAAUCGCCAAUUAUAGCAAUUGUGGUAAAAUUAGUAUAACUACAAUUACAGUUAGAAUCAGCAAGUGUUUAGUAGCGAUUAUAACUAGUAAUAGCGGCAAACAUUAUAGGCACAACAACAACCACGACAUAAAAACGCAAUUAAAUGCAGUGAAAAUUUCAAUUUUCUUGUGAGAUUUUUUCGCAGCAAGUGGAAAGUGUGAAAAAUUUAACUAUUGUCAGAGUACGAGCAAAGAAAAAGAAAAUAAUAUAAAAUAAUUAAAUUUUGAAACGAUUUUUGUGCAUGUUUUAUCAACGUUAUUAUACGGAAAGUGAGAAAAUCGUGUGUAAAGCAAUAAACGAAAUGGCACCCCGCCAAGUUCAUCCAAUACUAUGUUACAGUGCUAAAAGCGCUAGGACACGUCCAGAGCGUCCGACUGGCGGUGUGCGUAGAAACCUCUUCGGUCCACCCGAUCAGAAUGAAAUGGCGCGUAAUUUCGACAUUGAAAAUGCCCGUCAACUAAAACGUUUGAAUAAUUAUAAAAUCAUUGGUACAAUUGAGCCAAGUAGUAAUGAACGACAACUACCCGAACUUAUUGCCAAGGAAGUGGAGGAGGCGUGUAAAAAAGAAAAUAAAAAAAUUGAAAAUGAAAAUGAUAAGCCUGAACAAAAAAAGAGUAGUAACGAUGACGAUGAUGAUGCGUUGACCAUGCGACAGAGGCAGAUUGAGAAAACACCAACGCUUCACACCAUACGUACCAACACCAAAACGGCCAACGAAGCGGCACGUUACAAACCCUACACUACGCAAACGCUAAUAACUGAUGUGAUGCCGAAGCGAAAAGCCAUACCACCGCCUUAGAUGCUGAUAAAUAAAGUUUUUGAUGGAUGUGAUAAUGCGGGUUAUGUACUAAGCGUUUGCUGCUGCAGCUGACGGGGAGAGCACAUUGAUUUGACCACUGUGAAAAUUUAAACAAAAACAUAAACACACAAAAUGAUAAUUACACACCUGGCGGAGACAUUGGUUAUGAGCCGCGUGCAGCUUGUGACGUCAAUUGCCAAAUUAGUGAAAUUCGUUAUGAGUGAUUUUUUAAUUUAAUUAUUUUAUUUAAGUAAUUUUUUUUAUUA